AGCCUGCUGCGAAUCAAUGCUUGGGUCUGGGCUACGGCUCUAAGGACUACCUGUGUUCAUUCCUCUCUCCUCCUUAGCCAUUGCGGCCGCGGAUCUCCCUGAGCAAUGGCUACGGUUACGAGUCCUCCGACGCCUCCGACCCCAGCUACCGCCUCUCCCGCCAGGUCUAUUCAACGGAAACCUCUUCCCGUACCAAGGCUCCCUCUCGGUCAACAUGAUCGUACCGAUUCUCAAGAGAGCUUUGCCGACAACACCCUACCGACCGAUACCAUGAUCGAGUCGCCGAAAAUCAGAGAGUUGCCCGUGUCUCCGAUUAGACUAAACUUUCAGCCGGACAAUUGGGCGCAACCGUCGAAUGCGAGUAUCGAAAGCUACCAACAGGCACAGCGAAUGUCCUAUCCAAUGCCUGCAGCUGGCGACGUGCGAGACAUCUCGGGGUCUUCAGAUGCACACUUUCUUCCCCACAACAAUACAUAUAAUCAGCCCAGGACUUUGACACCUAAACAGACAUUUGCUACCGACCUUCCUCAUCGAUCGGGGCGGGAGGGUCUUCUAAGCCCUACUCUGGCUCAGACUGAAGUAGGGUAUGUGGAAGCUUCGGCUGCGCCGGAGCCAGACGGCCAAAGCUUCAGUGAGAGCUCUCGUAGCGAUGAUCCGAAUCGACACAGUCGUGAAUCAGAUGCAACCGCGAGUACGCAACAGCCGACAUCUACUGAUUCGUCUGUCGAGACAAGCGCAAGUUCAAUUUCAGGGGGUCUUAAUGAAGCAUGCGAGAACCAAUUUAUCCCAGAUGAGACAUUUCAAGAAGACUCUUUUACUGAGAGCUCAAUACAAGACAGUCAAUCAGUACCUCAGCUACAGUAUCAUCACCAGCCAUUUCUUCCACGAGUCUCCAGCGUGCCAGUUGAGUCAAACUCGAGGAAUUCCUCCAGGUCUGAUAUCCUCUCGGAUCCGGCUAUGCCUAUAAAUCGUCAUUUAACCCCGAACUCUUUCAUGAGGAGAAGUUCUAUGCCCCGGCCGCAAUCAGCAUAUUCCGAAUUGGGCCCGCGCGGACGGUCGCCGAGUUACGGUGCCCCUCAUGCGCGUACUCCUUCCGCCCAUUCCCGCAGGUCGCCUGAAACUAGACCGACUUCCUACGCAGAAUUGCUUAACGUGCCGUAUCCUCAGCAAGCUCCAGCUCCCAUUACAUUUGAUAAUUCUUACCUGCGCAACAAUGUUGGAAGUAACGCUUCCUUACUAAGUGCGCAGAAGACGCUGGAGAUGUAUAGGCAAAAUGUGAAAAAGACCAACGACUUCUCUAUUCAGUAUUCAUUCGCUAUCUUUUUGAUCUCUACUGCACAGGAGCAGGGUUUAGAAUAUGAGGAACCUUCGCGGAGAAAAGGUACUCCGAGCAAAGACAAUCCGGACUCUUCGCCAUUGGAAUUGGUUCGGGAAGCUAAAAGUAUAUUGACAAGGUUGGCCAAUGGCGGCUAUCCCUUUGCACAGUAUUAUCUAGCCGAUGGCUUUGCGUCGGGUCUGUUCAACAAGGGCAAGGAAGAUUAUAAUGCGGCGUUUCCCCUCUUCGUUUUGGCCGCGAAACACGGCCACGCUGAGUCUGCUUAUCGCGCCGGACUAUGCUACGAAUUUGGAUGGGGAUGUAGAAAAGAUCCAGCCAAAGCAGUUCAAUUCCUACGAACAGCCGCAUCCAAGAAUCACCCAGGCGCCAUGACGAGGCUUGGAAAAGCUUGUCUCUCGGGAGACUUAGGUGAAAAUCGGUACAGAGAAGGAGUUAAAUGGCUGAAGCGAGCCACGGAGGCAGCAGACACCAUGUAUAAUGCCGCCCCAUAUCAUCUUGGUUCAUUAUACGAAACUGGAUAUGGCGACGACAUUUUUAAAGAUGAAAGCUAUGCUGCUGAGCUAUUUACACAGGCAGCCGAGCUCGGACACCCCGAAGCAAGUUACCGCAUGGGAGACGCGUAUGAACACGGUAAACUAAACUGCCCGCGAGACCCAGCCUUAAGCGUUCAUUUCUACACCGGGGCGGCAGAGCGUGGCCAUGCUGCAGCCAUGAUGGGGUUAUGCGCCUGGUACAUGGUCGGCGCUGAUCCCAUCUUGGAGAAGGACGAGGAGGAAGCCUACGAAUGGGCUCGUCGAUCAGCAGAACUUGGCUUCGUAAAAGCUCAAUAUGCUGUUGGUUACUUCACCGAAAUGGGCAUAGGGUGCCGCCGCGACAUUCUCGAGGCCAACGUUUGGUAUGUCAAGGCAGCUGAUGCCGGUGAUGAGCGAGCCAAGCAAAGACUCGCUGCCAUUCGGGCCGCUGUGAGCGGCGGCGGGACGCCUAUGGACGUCGCCCCACCACGUAACGCGAAGAUGAGAAAGAACCAGACGAAAGACGACAAGGAUUGCGUUGUAAUGUAAUACGUUCAUACGAUGGAGCUCGCUAGUUACGAAAUGCUGGGGAUUUUUGAUGA